GACUUCUUUGACAGCUGCUACAAUUAGAGUGCAAUAAAGAAGAGAAACGACCUGGCCGAGUGAAUUACAACACCAAUUUAACUGAUGGCUACAAGAAAAGCAACUGCUGAGAAUAAAAGCCUUAAGGUAACGAUGAGCCAAGGAACUGCCACUCCUGAGAAAAAUAUGGAACAUGACCCAAGAUUAGAACAAUUAUUAGAAAAGAUGAUGAAUUCCCAAAAUGAAAUAAAAGAUCAGCUGGGAAUGUUAAGACAGGAAAUGACUGAUAUUAAGAAAGAAAUGACUCAAUUUAAAAAGAUAGAUGACACUCUGAACCAAAUUAAAAGAGCGUUAAAAGACAAUACUGAACACACCAAUGAGGUGGAGGAUAAAUUAGAAACUCUGAAAGAACGAUUUGAGAUUCAGCUGGAUAACUCAGCCAUGCUGGAAUACAGACAAAAGGAAACUUAUUUACGUAUACGUGGCUUCCCAGAGGUUGACAGGGAAAAUUUGGAAGAACGCAUGAAUCCGAUACUGAGUAUGAUUUGGAAGAUUGACGAAAGAGAUGUAAAUAGAGAAGUGGAUAGAAUGUAUCGGGUGAAUUCGAAAAUAGCCAAAGACAGAAAACUUCCUAGAGACAUUGUCAUUAACUUUACAAGAAAACUCCUACGUGAUCAGAUACUGCAUUAUCACUCAGCUAACAAACUUCAAGUGGAUGGCAAGGACUUAAUCAUACUGAAAGAAAUUCCAGUGUCUAUCAGGAGGAAACGAAAAGACUAUGAGGGCUUGGUGGACAUUUUACGCCUCAAUGAAAUUAAUUUUCGAUGGAACAUCCCAGAAGGACUUUUCUUUCAAUACAAUGGAAAAAACUAUAAUAUAACAACAGUUUCUAAAGCCCAAGAAUUUAUGGCAAGAAAUAAGAAAAAUUUGAAGGGCCUUUGCCAAUAAGUGGCAUAAGUGCGGCACGUCUAGUAGUACUCAUAAAGCACCUAGGAAAAACAGAAGAUACUCCCG